CCCUCUUCUCAGCCUUUUCCUUAGACUGGCAGUAGAUGAGACGCCAUCAAGAACUGAGCAGCAGCAGCAGCCAUGGCACGCCAGUGUUGUACAUUCAGCAGCUGCAUGUGCGGCAUCUCCCUGCGCGAUGGCUCCCUCACGAUCGCUGUCGUUAUGAUAAUUGUAUCCAUACUGAGGCUUGUGUACGCUGUGGCAAACAUCUAUUAUAGCAGGAACGAAGCCUGGUUUGGCCUGCUGGUCGAGGUCAUCAACAUCCCUCUGGCCAUCAUGCUUUUCUUCGCGGUUCUCAGGGAGAAAACUGCAACUGCUCUGCUUGUGGAUCUGGAACACGUGCGUCCUCGCCGUCGCCUCCUUCAUCUACGGCUGCCUCAUCCUCGCCGCCAUCGCCAACUUCUCGGACGGCGUCGCCAGCAUAUCCAUGGCCAUCGUGCAGCUCAUCUUCGUGCUGGUCAUCCGCUCCUUCAUGCACUCGUACCACGGCGGGCUCCGAGUCCUCGGAGUCCUCCCUGGGAAGAGCACCAAACACUUGCCAAUGAGUGCCUUUCUCUGUGUGUGAAUACUAGUGUUAAUUAUGUAAAUGUAUAUAAUUUUUAUCGUGCUUAA